AGAGCGUCGCGACGAUCGCCGCCGAGAAGGACGGACUACUCUCCGAUGGACUAAGAGUGUAGCUGUGCUAAUAUAUAGUAGUGCAUCGUCGGCGCUUGAAAAACGUUGCGAAACGCGCACUCGCACACACAGGCAGAGACGGACAAACACGAGCGCUCUCGGAUUUUAAUGUACUACGACGGCGAUCGCGCGAGCGAAGCUAAAGCAUCAGCUGCGGUCGGACACCUCAGUACAAAGUGCCGCAUGCGCGCGAGCGCGUCGGAUAGUGCAUGCGAUGCAUCAUCAGCGAGGCCGUUUCGGGAAAUAGGAAAAAGUUUUUCUCUCGGCGGCUCUGCGAGAUGCGCCGACGGAAACUCGCCCGCGACGACGCUACGCUCUCCCAGCCCUCCGCAGCGUUUAUGUAAGAAGCCUCAAUCUACUACUGCUGCUGCUGCUGCUGCUGCUGCUGCUGCUGCUGCUUGACGGUGAGAGCUGCGGCAACAUGUGAGCGAGCUACAUCAGUCGGGCAGACGGCCGGAGGAAUUAGUUGCAGCUGAAAAGUUGGAGGGACCGACGAGCGCGCUCGGCUUUCCGUUUGGGAAGAAAAGUUGGCAGCGGCCCGAGGGAGAAAGCGAGCGGGACACGUGGGUGCUGUCUGGCUGUUGUUUUCCUCGAGCGCGUCCGCACGUCGUUGGAAAAUCGGCAACAUGUCGGCUCAGUGGAAAGACUGCUGCUCGGGCAUAUCGCAGCGAUGGAUCUGCGUGAUCAUGACCUUCUUCUCGCUGUUCUGCGCCUACACGAUCAGAGUCUGCCUGUCGAUCACGAUCACGGAGAUGGUCAUGCCGAACAACGAGACGUCCGAUUUCAUCGACGACACGUGUCCGUCCGAGCUCAAGGAGGUCCCAACUGGCAAGCUCAACUCGACGACCGAGCCGAGUAUCGGCUACGACGGCACCUUGUACGAGUGGAGUGAAUACACUCAGGGCGUCAUCCUCUCCUCCUUCUACUGGGGCUACGUGAUAACGCACAUCCCCGGCGGCAUGAUCGCCGAGAAGUUCGGCGGUAAGUACACCCUGGGCUUCGGCAUCCUCUGGAACGGCAUCUUCACGAUCCUCACGCCGAUCGGCGUGCAGUACGGCGGCGCCACGGCCCUGAUCGUUCUGCGAGUGAUGGUGGGCCUGGCCCAGGGCGCGGCCUACCCGGUCCUCAGCGUCAUGCUGUCCCAGUGGGUGCCGAUCGAGGAGCGAUCGAAGGCCGGCUCGCUGGUCUACGCCGGGGCGCCGCUCGGCACCGUCUUCGCCACCUCCACCGCCGGUCUGAUCCUGCGCUACAGCGGCAGCGGCUGGCCCGCGGUGUUCUACUUCCUCGGCGGUCUGAGCCUGCUCUGGUUCGCGCUCUGGAUGAUCUUCUGCUACAACGACCCCCACGAUCACCCCUUCAUCUCCGAGACCGAGUUCAAGUUCCUGCACGAGCAGCUCAGCCAGCACAAGCACAAGAAGCCGCCGCGGGUACCCUGGCGCCACGUGCUCGGCUCGAUGCCGGUCUGGGCCCUGGUCGCCGCGAUGGUCGGCCACGGCUGGGGCUUCCACACGAUGAUCAGCGACCUGCCCAAGUACAUGGGCAGCGUGCUCAAGUUCUCGAUCGAGAACAACGGCUACCUCUCCUCGCUGCCCUACCUCUGCAUGUGGCUGGGAAGCAUCGUCACCUCCUGGAUCGCCGACUGGCUCAUCGCCAACGACCACAUGUCCACGACGAACGUGCGCAAGCUCGGCAACUCCAUAGCCUCGGUGGGCCCGGCUCUGUUCAUCAUCGGCGCCAGUUACGCCGGCUGCGACCGCGUCCUCGUCGUGCUCAUGAUCGCCCUGGGCAUGACGACCAUGGGCGCUGCGCUGCCCAGCAUGAAGGUCAACGGCCUGGACCUCAGCCCGAACUACGCCGGCUCCUUGAUGGCGCUGACCAACGGCAUCGGAGCCCUGACCGGUAUCGCGACCCCCUACAUCGUGGGCGUCCUGACGCCGAACCAGACCUUGAGCGAGUGGAGGCUGGUCUUCUGGAUCAUCUGCGCGGUCUUCCUCGCGACGAACCUGGUCUUCGUGAUCUGGGCCGACGGCGAGGUGCAGUACUGGAACGACCCGGACUUCCUCAGGAAGGAGAAGAGCGACAGGCGGGCCAAGAAGGCCAAGGAGGACGUCGAGCUGCUGACUGUGAACGCUGCCAAAUGAGAGCUGGGGAGAGAUGUUGAAGAGAGAUAUUUAUAUAUUUUUGUUAUAACUAUUCGAAAGCCCAUAAAGUAUUUUUGUAUGCGCGCGACGUACUACGAGGAAUUGUUACUACAGGCUUUUUCGCGCGAGACUUGAAUUUUUUAAAGCAAAUUAACGAGCUCACGUUUGUUACGUGCGCAGAUGUAUGCGGCGUUACUCAAAACUCGUAUCGUUAGUCUUUGUAAAUAUGCUGAAUGAAAUCGUGUAUUAUACGCGUAGAGCGCUGAUGGUAUAAUUUAAGAGAUUUCGAGCUCUAGCGUCUCGUCGAUUGGCGGACGAUUGUAAAAUACUAUGUAUAAAUUUGAUACAGGAGCACGUGAGAGUAGUAUGGAGUAUAUCGUAAAUCAAUCUUAUCUUGGCAAACAACCUUAAAUGAAAUGAAAUGUACGUCAUUAACACGUUCAUCUAUUUCAAAUUAUAAGACAAACUCGCUGUCAGUCUUUCAAGUACUGCCGACUGCAGACAACUAUCAGGUAGCAUACCUAGAGUUGUUUUUAUUUUCUCGUGUCAAUGCUCUUAUUAUAAUAACAGUUGAUUUUAUUUCCAAUCGUUCUUUUUGUUUUGUAAUUUUUAAUGCCUGUAAAUUUAUUAUUCGUAAAUACCGUGUGUAGCACUGUUACCGAACGAUUAUGUAUAGAUAGACCAAUGUUCCGUUGUGUAAAUGACGCUACGCCUGAAAAACGUUGUGCUUAUAUAGUGUGUAAACUUUGUUUUUAUUGACUACAUGUAUACCGACUGUAGAAGAUCACAAAAUUUCUGUACAAAUCGUCCAGAUUCUAAUGUAAGAGGCUUUGUGAAAGUUUAUAUUAAAAUGCGGAAAAGUUAUUUUUAUUUAUAAAUAAAACAUUGAAAAGUA